AUGGCAAUGGAACGACGCCGCCCGCUGAAGUGGAGACGACCCGACGACGACCUCCUCUCGGCCGCCGACGUGGACAGCUAUGACUUCGUGAUCGUGGGCGGAGGUACGGCUGGCUGUGUCAUUGCCUCCCGCUUGUCCGAGUACUUACCCAACAAGCGUGUCCUCCUCAUCGAAGCUGGACCCUCCGACUUUAUGGAUGACCGAGUCUUGUUGCUCAAGGACUGGCUUAAUCUGCUCGGCGGCGAGCUCGACUAUGACUACCCGACCACUGAACAACCGAUGGGCAACUCCCACAUCCGACACUCGCGCGCCAAAGUGCUGGGAGGCUGCUCCAGCCACAACACCCUCAUCAGCUUCCGUCCGUUCGAGUACGAUGCCAAGCGGUGGGAGGCGAAGGGCUGCAAAGGAUGGGACUUCAAGACGUUCACGCGGCUGUUGGACAACCUGAGAAACACGGUGCAGCCGGUACACAAGAAUCACAGGAACCAGCUGUGCUUGGACUGGGUCAAGAGCUCCUCAACAGCAUUGAAUAUCCCCAUCAUCGAGGAUUACAACCAGGAGAUCAAGCAGGAGGGAGCACUCAAGAAGGGUGUGGGCUUUUUCAGCGUGUCUUACAACCCCGACAGCGGCCACCGCAGCAGUGCUAGCGUGGCGUACAUCCAUCCUAUUCUUCGCGGCGAGGAGAAGCGACCAAACUUGACUAUCCUGACCAACACAUGGGUCAGCAAGAUCAACCUCUCCGGCUCUAAAGUCACCGGCGUCAACAUCACCCUCCAAGACGGCACCAAGCACACUCUGCGCGCCAAAUGCGAGACUCUCCUCUGCGCAGGUGCAGUUGACACCCCUCGCCUCAUGAUGUUCUCCGGUCUUGGACCCGCCCAGCAGCUCUCCUCUCUCGGCCUUCCCGUCGUUGCUGACCUCCCAGGCGUAGGCGAGAACCUGAUCGACCACCCAGAGAGCCUUAUCAUGUGGGAGCUCAACCGACCCGUCCCACCGAACAUGACCACCAUGGACUCCGACGCCGGCGUCUUCAUGCGUCGCGAAGCACCCAACGCCGCAGGUGACGACGGCGAUAUUGCCGACAUGAUGGCGCAUUGCUACCAGAUUCCAUUCGUCUUCAACACCUCUCGCCUGGGCUACGAUUCGCCCAAGGACGCUUUCUGCAUGACGCCCAACAUCCCUCGCCCGCGAUCUCGAGGCAAGCUCUACCUCACCUCCGCGGACCCGAGCGUAAAGCCCGCGUUGGAUUUCAAGUACUUCACGGACCCCGAAGGCUACGACGCCGCCACCAUCGUCGCCGGCUUCAAAGUCGCUCGCAAGAUCGCCCAGGAAGCUCCCUUCUCAGACUGGAUCAAGCGCGAAGUCGCUCCUGGACCGAACAUUCAGACCGACGAGGCUCUGUCGGAGUACGGACGCAAAGUGGCACAUACUGUCUACCACCCCGCCGGCACGACGAAGAUGGGCGAUGUGAAGAACGACGAGUACGCGGUCGUGGACCCGCAGUUGAAGAUCAAGGGUCUACAGGGAGUGAGAAUCGCGGACGCGGGUGUUUUCCCGGAUAUGCCGAGUGUCAACCCCAUGUUGACGGUGUUGGCGAUUGGGGAGAGGUGUGCGGAGAUGGUUGCGAGCGAGUGGGGCUUCAAGGGUAUGGAGAGGGAGAAGUUGUAG